AUGCCAGCAGGUCUUCUCGCCAACAAGACUGCCAUCAUUACCGGCGGCACGACGGGUAUUGGUCGUGCUAUCUGCCUCGAGUUUCUACGGCAAGGCGCCAAUGUCGUGGUAAACCACUUGGGCCUUGAAAAAGACCAGACUCACCUCGACUCACUCAUCGUCGAGGCCGACGAAAUCCGAAAAGCAUCACCCACUGCUGGGCACCUCGAUCACCAAGCGGGCGACGUUCGUGACCCAGCGACAGCGACAGAAUUAGUCAAAAAGGCCGUCGAGCACUCCCCCAAGAAGCGCCUUGACAUCUGCGUGUCUAAUGCCGGUAUCUGCACAUUCGCUGAUUUCCUCACGCUCGAGCCGGAUUUGCUUCACUCAACGGUGCGAACAAACCUGGAUGGUGCCUUCUACGUGACUCAGGCUGCUGCACGACAAAUGGCUCUUCACCAAGAGCCCAAGGGAGGAAGUAUCAUCGGCGUCUCGUCCAUCUCAGCCCUUGUCGGUGGUGGCCAACAGACACACUAUACACCCACCAAGGCAGGCGUCUUGAGCUUGAUGCAGAGCACAGCGUGCGCCCUGGGAGAACACGGUAUCCGGUGCAAUGCGCUUCUCCCAGGCACGAUCCGCACGCAGCUUAACGACGCAGACCUGGCUGAUGAUACAAAGAGAGCUUAUAUGGAAGGUCGCAUCCCUUUAGGACGUACUGGUUCGCCCUCCGAUAUGGCUGGCCCGGCCGUCUUUCUGGCGUGUCCAGAGCUGAGCGGAUACGUGACGGGUGCGCAGCUUCUCGUCGAUGGUGGUCUGUUCGUCAAUCUUCAGUGA